AUGAGACCCUGCAUCCGCAGCGUCGGAGGAGUCGCGGGGGUGGCGCAACGGACGCGAAGCGCGUUACGUCAGCGCACGCGGCCCCUCCAGCCGGGCGCGCUUUGCGAGGCGGCCAGUGCUCGCCCGCCCGCCAUGUUCGCCGCACGCUCGUUCGCCGUGCUGUUCGCCGCGCUGCUCGCCGCGCAAGUCGCGUACGCCGCGCCGCGCCCGCGCCGCCAGCUCGCCGACGACGACGCCCUGCAGCCUAUCGACGACGCGGCGGCCGCCGAGCAGACGCGCGACAAGCGCAAGUUCGAGGGCGUGACGGAGGCCAAGUUCGGCAUCAAGAACGCCGUGCUCGGCUUCGUGUUCGGGAAAAUCAACUCGCUGAUCGACUCCAAGACGCGGCUGGUGGAGAACCUGGACCGCCAGAACAUCGAGAUCAACAAGCAGUACGGCAUCGAGGCGCCCAAGGCCGGCGGCGGGCUGAGCUCGCUGAGCGGCAUCGUGGGCCAGGUCAUCGGGCCCAAGCUGCAGUUCCUGGCGCCCAAGCUGCAGGCCGUGAGCGGGCUGCUGGGCGGCGCGUCGGGCGGCGCAGGUGGGGGCUCGGGGCUGGGCUCCAUCCUGUCGCUCGUCACGUCGCUGUCGGGCUCGUCGUCCGGCGGCGCCGCGGCCGGCGGCACCGUCGAGACCGUCGACUCCGACGAGGACGACGAGUGA